UGGCCUCAGGCGAGAGAUGCUCAUUCCAGUGUAUUGAUCAACUGCAGCUCAGGACCACACCUACUUGUAGUGGGUGGAUAUCGUACCAGUGACUGUUGGUUGUUAAAUAUAAACAAAAUGAAAUGGGAAAAACUGACUAAUAUACCAGAGAGUGUCACUAAUAGAUAUUGGCAUUCUCUCUCAGUUUGGAGUGAGAUACAAACCACUCACUGGAUAAUUGAGUUUGGAGGAAAGAGAUGUGGUUCACACCGUUCAUUACUCAGUGAUACAACAUUCAUUGAAAUCAUAUCUAGUACUGGUGAUUUGGUAGUAGAGUCAGUACUGGACAUUGAUGAAUAUAAUCAGAGAAGAAUACUGGAGGGACUUACAAAAGUAACUGUAGCUCAUAUAAAAGACGCUGCAUCAGAUAAAAACAUUCUGGACAAGAAGCCACAAAAGGGUGACCUCCUUAGGUUAUUCAAAAGUUCAUUUGCCCAUUAUUCAACCAUUGGUACUGCACUUAAUGUUCAAGUGGAUGACUUGUUACAAAGUCCAAUGUCAGCCUCUGAUAAGCUCAUACUAGUGUUCCAGAGAUGGAUAGACUCCAAUAGAGGAGUGACCUGGAGAACAGUACUACAAGUUUGUGAAGAUUUUCCAGACCAACUUGGACAAGCAAAAGCUAAAGUGGAAGGAUUCCUAUCAUCAGACAGAGCCCGUGAUAAUUAUUAAGAAUAAUAUAUUGUCUUUUAUAAUAUGCUAGUUCACUUAGUCUUUUCAGCUCAUAACUCCAAAUUUACUUGUCAGAAUUACGCCACUAUAAUUUGAUUCAUA